AAAACUUUAGUCUUUCCCUUGAAUUCUGAGAGUUUCAUAAGCCGCAAAUCCACAGUUUCAAACUAAGGGAGAGAGGCUAAGACAUUUGAGAAUGAGGAGAGAAUGACUCAAGAAUUAAGGAUAUAUUUCCCAGAAAAGUGUGAUGAAAGUGGUCAGAAGAAGCUAUUUCCUUCCUCUUUUCUAAUCUUGACUCCAGAGCCUCCAGCAGAAGCUCUUCAAUGCCUUGCAUGUUACAGACUCCGCUGCUCCCAUCAGCUUGGAGGUAGCAUGUGGCUUCUGACGGCUCUGCUGCUUUGGGUUCCAGCUGGUGCACAAGUGGACCUUACAAAGGCAGUGAUCACCUUGCAACCUCCAUGGGUCAGUGUAUUUCAAGAGGAGACUGUAACCUUAUGGUGUGAGGGGCCCCAACUGCCUGGGCACAGCUCUACACAGUGGUAUCUCAAUGGCACAGCCUUUCAGACCUUGACCCCCAGUUACAGAAUCGCCGCCGCCAGUAUCAAUGACAGUGGCGAAUACAGGUGCCAGACGGGUCUCUCAGUGCCAAGUGACCCAGUACAGCUGGAAAUCCACACAGAUUGGCUCCUACUCCAGAUCCAAAGCAGAGUCAUUACGGAAGGGGAACCUCUGACCAUAAGGUGUCAUGGAUGGAAGAAUAAGCCAGUAUACAAUGUGGUUUUCUACCAAAAUGACAAGGCCUUUAAGUUUUCUCCUCAGAACUCUGAAUUCACCAUUCUGAAAACCAACCUGAGUCACAGUGGCGUCUAUCACUGCUCAGGCAUGGGGAGGCAUCGCUACACGUCACUAGGAGUCCCUAUCACUGUAAAAGAGCUAUUUCCAGCCCCGGUGCUGACAGCAUCCUUGUCGUUACCACUCCUGGAGGGGCGGCCAGUCAACCUAACCUGCGAGACGAAGCUGCUCCUACAGAGGCCUGGUUUGCGGCUUUACUUCUCCUUCUACGCGGGCGACAGGGCCGUGCUGCGCAGGAGCGCGUCCCCCAGGUACCAGAUACCGAGUGCUCGGACGGAAGACGCGGGCCGCUACUGGUGCGAGGCUGCCACCAGGGACAGCGCCAUCGUCCGGCGCAGCCCUGAGUUGGAGCUCCAGGUGCUUGGCCUCCGGACACUGAGUCCUAUUUGGUUUCACAUCCUUUUCAGUCUGGCAGUGGGAAUGAUGUUUUUGGUGGACACCAUCUUCUGUAUAAUUAUACACAAGGAACUGCAAAAACAAAAACUGUGGAGUUUAGAAAUCUCUUUGGGCUCUGGUCCUAAGAAAAAAGCAACUUCCUAUCUUGAAGAAGAUAGAUAUUUAGAAGACAUUUAGAGCCGCAGUGUCAGGGACAAGAGCGGCCGCAAGAAAGGACACCACCGGACGUCCCGGGAGUGGGGGGGGUGGGGAGGGCAACAGUGGCAGCCCAGAGAGUGCCCGCGGGUCUAGCCGGCCCCUCCCCCUUCCCUGUGCAAGCACGGGGGUGCCAACAGCCAGAAGUUUAAAGAAACUGGACUGUGAGUCCCAUGAUAUUUGACUGACUCAAAUAAAGCAAACAAAUGAACAGA